AUUCACUGUGCAGUCAACUCAACUAUAUUCCUCCGUACACAGCACCUUGUCUUGUCAUAAGUCAUGAGUUCCGCUGGCUACGACCCCUAUCGUCCAUCUGCCUACAGGAGGAGAGUAGUUGUCCGCAGCACAGGAUAUGGAGCCAAUGGAGGACUAGGUUCCAGGGCUGCAUAUUCCAGCUACUCUGCCCCGGUAGCUUCAUAUGGCUCAUCACGCAGAGGUUAUCCAACACACAGCCGAGCCGCCUCCACCUACUCCUCCGUGUUUCUCUCUUCUCCACCACCUGCCGCUGAACUCCGCCUUGACCAAGCAGCUCAAGUCAGCAGCGAGUUCAAAGUAAUAAGAACCCAGGAGAAAGCCGAGCUGCAGGACCUGAACGAUCGCUUUGCGAGUUUCAUUGAGAGGGUCCACGAGUUGGAGCAGCAGAACAAGUUGCUGGAGACUGAACUCCUGCUGCUCAGGCACAGGCACUUGGAACCGUCCAACCUGCGGUCACUCUAUGAGCAUGAGAUCCGCCAUCUCCGUGCCGCUGUGGAAGAGGCCCGCAAUGAAAAGCAAGCUGCCCAAAACAACAACGAUGAGAUUGAGAAGGCUCUGAGGAACCUGCAGACACGUUAUGAGGAUGAAGUGCUUGCCAGAAAUGAUGUGGAUGGAAAACUAGUGGAUGCCAGGCACGAAGCAAAUGAGGCUCUACUGGGUCAAACUGAGCUCGAGAAGAGGGUGGAGACCCUGCUAGAGGAGCUGGGAUUCCUGAAACACCUAUGUGAGAGUGAGAUCGCCGAGCUGCAGGCUCAAGUACAGUACAGCGCAGAGGUGUCGGUAGAGAUGGAGGUCACCAAACCUGACCUCUCGGCUGCUCUCCGUGACAUCCGAGUGCAGUACGAAAACCUGGCGCAGCGCAACCUUCAAUCAGCUGAAGAGUGGUUCUGCAACAAGAUGAACGUGAUGACAGUCGGUGCGGCUCAGAACACAGAGACCGUCCGCGGCGCCAAAGAUGAAGCAGGAGAAUACCGUCGCCUGCUCAAAACCCGGACGCUGGAGAUUGACGCCUGCAAUGAGAUGAAUCAAGCUCUGGAAAACCAGUUACAAAAUGUGGAGGAGGAGCAAAGUGCGGAGAUCUCUGCACUGCAGGAUACAAUAAGUCAACUGGAGGACGAAUUGAGGGCAAACAAGAACGACAUGGCUCGCUACUUGAAAGAUUACCAGGAUCUGUUGAACGUGAAGAUGGCUCUGGAUAUUGAAAUAGCCGCCUACAGGAAGCUGCUUGAAGGAGAAGAAAACCGUUUGAAUGUGGCGGGUCCAGGUCUGGUUGGUGCCUACUCCCCAGCUCAGUACAGUCAUGGAAGAACGCAGGUCUCCAUGCAGCCCCAGUUCAGCUCUGCGCCGGCGUAUUUACUGAGCUCACGAUUGUACAGCUCGACACUCUCUGCAGAAGAGACAAUAUCUGCCAGCCAAGCCCAGCAGGAGGAGGCCAGUCCUCCUCACGAAGAAGAGGAAGGAGAGGUGGAAGAGGAAGACCACGAGGAAGUGGAAGAGGAGCAGGGGGACGAAAAGGAGGAAGGUGAAGAUAAAGGAGGAGAAGAAGAGGAAGAGGUGGAGGAGGAGGAGGAAGAGAAAGCAGAAGAGGGUAAAGAGGAAGAAGGGGAGAAAGCUGAUGGAGAUGAGGAAGAGGCAGGUGGUGAGGCAGAGGAUGAAGAAGGAGGAGAAGGGAGUCAACCUCAAGAGGAUGAGGAGGCUGGUGACGAUGAGGAGCAUGGUGAUGCAGGAGGUGAUGAGGAGCAGGAAGAAGAUGCUGAAAAAGAAGCCGUGACAGAUCCCGAUGAGAAAAUCCCAAAAACAACAGAUAAAAAUGUUUAAAUGUAUGUGCUUCAAUAAAUGUAACCACUGGCAUUUUAGCU